UAUGGAUCUAUUAAUUAAUCCAUGAUUAUGAAUGUGCAUCAGAAAAGUUGUACUUGUAAAAAAAUGCUUAUCUAAGGGAUUUCCCCAUUUUUUGCACAUGCCAUUGUUUUUACUACAUGUUCCACAUUGCGUAGUUUUGAUAUUGAGCUUCUGAGCAUGUUGUUUAAUUGUUUGUGAUCUUGAUGUGAGAAAAGAGAAUAGUAACUCGUUUUUCUAACCUAUUUUAAAAUAUCCACCUAUUGCUAAUAUUUAUCUGGGAGUUUACAAUCAUGGCUUGUGAAUACAAGCAACAGUUGAGUCAAAUCUUUGAUGAUUCUCAUGUAUCAGAACAACAAAUUGAUAAUGCCAUUACUAUUGUUCUGGAGAAUAAUCCAUUAACCCCUGAAGAAAAUUUAGAGGAAAUGAUUAAUCUUUUAGUAGAGUCAGGGGACUCUACUCUUGGAGGAGGUGCUGCUGGAGUCACCCCUCAAAUGGGUAACAGUAAAUUCAGUCAGUACUUUGAUAGACUGUCAAUGCUAUUUCCUGAUAUUUGUCCAAACUACUUAACACAUUUCUGUCAAAAGUACGAUUAUUUUGAUUUUGACGAAGUUGUAGAAGACUUAUCGAAAACCGAUUACGUUAAACUGGAUAAAGACCCAUUAGAUGUUUGGGAGCACCUUAAACAAAUGUUGCCUAAUGCUGAUCCAAUUUAUUUGAGAAACCAAGCAAGAGUUUUAGUCAAUAGACCUGCAGGAGAGUUGGAACAGUUUAUUGAAAACGCCAUUCAAGAAAACAAUUAUCCCACCAUGCAGGAAUAUUUGAAGAAUAAGGAGUUGGCAGUUGGUGUGGCACUGUAUGAGACCAACUUUUCAGUUGACGCUUAUCUCAAAGAAAUCCCCAAUCCAGUUGAAAUUUUCACAAAUCCUAAUCGGAAAUCUCCUUUAGCAGAAGCUAAUGAGAAUGAUGUUGCGUUUGCAUUAAAUUUUUUGUACAAUCAAUUUUUAUUUUUACGUAAAAGAGAAAUUGCAAAGAUUUUUGAUCAUUUUGAUAAAAAUUUGGUUAAAACCUGUCACAAAUUAAAAACUUUGACCAAAGCAUUUAGACAUCCUAGAACAGUCACUGAACUAAACGAGUGCAAAAAUAUCGAGUUAUUAAAAGAGGUUGCUUUUAUUAAACACGAAAAACAGAUUAGACAAGUAUUGAAACAAAAAGAUGAUAAGUAUCGACUUGCAUUGGAGGAAGCAAGAUUGCAAGGACUUUUACAAACUUGUGCUUGCUGCUUUGACGAUAAUUUAAUCCCAGAAGAAUGUUAUUUUUGCAUCAAGGGUUGUAUUUUUUGCAAAGAUUGUGUAAAAUCGGGGGCUGAAAACGUAAUUGGGAAGGAGGAAACGAGAUUCCCAUGCCUUGCAGAUUGUGACUCAGAAUUUGAUUAUUCGACUUUGCACAUGGUUUUGGAUCGGAAAGUGUUCCAAGGUGUAUGGCACAGAAAGCAGAUUGAAGAAAUUCGCAAUGCUAACAUUGACGGUUUAGAAACCUGUCCAUUUUGCGAUUUUUGUAUGAUUCCCGAUGAAGGAGAUAAAAUUUUUAAGUGUGCUAAUGUCGAAUGUAUGGCCGAAACAUGUCGCUUAUGUCGCCAUAGGUCUCAUGUACCUAAAAGAUGCAACGAAAUCGAAUAUGACGAAGAUGUUAAAAUGAGAACAUUCAUAGAAAAUAAAAUGACUGAAGCACUACUGAGGAAGUGCUGGAAGUGCUCUAAACAAUUUUACAAAGAAUCAGGCUGUAAUAAAAUGACUUGUCCUUGUGGGGCUAGAAUGUGUUAUGUGUGUGGUCAAGCUGUAAAUGAUUAUACACACUUUGGUGCUGGCCGAUGUCCUUUGCAUACUGAAAAUUUGCAACAAUUUCAUUUAACUAGGAUACUUGAAGGUGCUGAAUCCGCCAAAAAUGAGUUGGGAAUUACUGCAAAUCCCAAUCUCCUUAAAUUUGAUCCUACAAGGGGAAUUGAAAAUCAAGUGGCUUAGACCGGCAUUUUUGGAACUUCUAUUUUUGUAUCUUUAACGCUGUGGCCUUAUUCUUCUAAUACUCGCUGUGAUCAGAAUGUUUUCCUUUUUAAAGUAACAUGAGUUAGUUUAAGUUUUUCUUAGGCAAUACUUUAUUGUCCUUGAUUUUGUUCUAAAUAUAUAAUUAAUUAAAGUUUAUUAAGUUACAGAAUACCGGAUAUUGAAUUUUUUGUUUUUACGAUUUAUAUUAGUCAUAAAGAUUGGAUGAUAAUUGCUCAUGUAUUUUUAAUAAACUGUUUCUACGUU